AUGGGGAAAAUCCGUAGUUGGCUAAGAAGCCGAUCGUCGACUCCUGUCCCGCAACGAGAAACGGAGAGUGGAUCUGCGCAUCCCACUCUUGCACCAUCGGCCGGCCAAUACAGCUCUCUCGAACAGUCUUCAACGCCUGUAUUUCCCGAUGGCGUCGAAAUCUUAGUAGACACGCCUGGUGCUGACAUCGACAUCUAUUUCGUUCAUGUGUCAAGCUCAGUCGCAUCAUCAAAUAGACUGAACGAUCACGCGACGAACCUUCUUACCGAUCUCAUAAAUGACCGACGACGUCGUAACGCCUCGGCUCGUCCGCUCAUCUUCGUCGUCCACAGUCUGGGCGGUCUUAUUUGCAAAGAGUCCAUACUGCUAUCGCGCAAUAACCCGAAUCGGUCCCGUCAAGACUUUUUCACACACAUCAAGGGCGUUGUCUUCAUGGGCACGCCCCACAAGGGCUCGUGGAUGGCUGACUGGUCGGGAAUACCUGCCAAAGCUCUGGGCCUGGUCAAGUCCACCAACCGAUCACUCCUUGAGGUAUUAGAAACGAACAAUCAAUAUCUUGAGUCGAUCCAUGUCAGAUUUUUAUCUAUGAUGCGAGAGCAGCGUGAGGCAGGAAGGCAGCUCGAGGUCGCCUGUUUCUUCGAGGAACUACCUCUGUCUACAGUGGGCAAAGUUGUGUCAAAGGAAUCAGCCGAAUUCGAGGGCUACGAUCCAAUUACCAUCCAUGCGAAUCAUGCAGACAUGGUUAAGAUUGGGUCUACGGAAGAGACUGGUUUCAAAAGGGUCGUCGGAGAACUCGCAGCGUGGAAAUCGGAGAUCGCACUUCCAGGUUUAACUACUACUCAACCGGAGACCAACGCUGUGACUGGUAACUGUUCUGUGAGGCGAAAGCAUUCAAAGACUAAGCCUAGGAAGCAUUAUCUGCCAUUUUCAAGAAACAGGAGCUUUGUAGGACGUGGGGGAGUCAUCGCUGAGCUUCAAAGGCGUCUGUUUGCUCAUCCUGGUGGCCAACAAGCCGCUCUCGUUGGUUUGGGUGGCGUAGGCAAGACGCAGAUCGCCCUUCAGCUUGCGCAUCUGGCCAAGAAUGACAGGCAAAGUCACCAACAAUACUCCGUCAUCUGGAUGCCCGCACUGAGCAUGGCAAGUUUUCAGCGAGCCUGUACUAGAAUGGUUAAAAUAUUUGACAUCGAGCAUGCCGACAACGAGGACCCAAAAGAAACGUUCAAGGACUUUCUCAGCUCGGAAGAGGCGGGAAAGUGGUUUCUUAUCAUCGAUAAUGCCGAUGACACGAAGACUUUAUAUGGAACGGCCCAAGAGCCAGGAGGAAUCGCAGAUUAUAUUCCAGAUUGCGAUCAAGGUUAUAUUCUGUUCACAACACGGUCUCGUGAGGUGGCUGUCACUGUUGCCCGGAACAAUAUUCUUGAGCUACAUGAGAUGGACAAAGAGGAUGCUAGAACCCUCCUUCAGAGUUCCGUGAUGCAGAAAGAUCAGAUGCAGGAUACGAACUUGGCCGACGGAUUGUUACACGAGCUCGCCUAUCUACCUCUCGCAAUCACGCAGGCGUCGGCAUAUAUAACUAUCAACAGAAUCUCAAUCAAAGAGUAUAUGCGACUACUUCAGAACACUGACCAGGAUAUGGUGAAACUGCUCAGUAUAGGAUUUCGUGACGGCACCCACCACGACACUGCUCAAGGCGCCGUUAUCACGACUUGGAUUGUGUCCUUUAAACAGAUCCGUGCCCUACAUGAGGAAGCUGCGACACUACUUUCGGACUGA